AACCAGCUUUAGGAUUUUUCCAUCUGCAGGCAAGUCAUGAACAUGGGCAUUACUCUUUAAUGCAGUCAAGCCUUUUUCAUGGAAUUUCUGGAGCAUAACUGCCUUUCCCACUUGAACACAAGCUGCUCUCUGGACUUUCAUUUGAGUUAUGUCAAUGUAUUUUUGUUCUUGUACAUAUCUGCGAUCUCUGUUCUGACUGUGUGUGGAAAUCUACUCGUCAUCGUCUCUAUAACAGUUUUCAAGCAGCUUCAUACACCGACCAACCUCCUCAUCCUCUCGCUGGCCAUAUCUGACCUGUUGGUGGGAAUCUGUCUGAUGCCGGUUGAAAGCAUCAGAAGCAUCAACUCCUGUUUUUACAUGGGAAAGUCCCACUGUCAUAUAUUUCAUAGCAUUAUGUCCAUUGUUGGCUCUGCUUCCCUUAUGAACAUCAUGUUAGUGGCUAUUGAUCGUUAUUUUGCAGUGUGUAAUCCGCUUCUGUAUAUGUCCAAAAUGACAAUUAGAAAAGCUCUGAUCUGUGUAUGUUUAGGAUGGACUGUGUCCAUCUGUUAUAAUCUUGUACCAGUGAAUUUGGGAAAUUCAGACCCGACAGGAGCUGUUGUGGUCUGUUUAAGGGAAUGUGCAGUGGCUGUCAGCAAUUCAUGGGGUCCCGCUGACUUAAUAGUGAGCUUUAUUGCUCCAUGUAUUAUGAUGUUAAUUCUGUACACAAGAAUUCUCACAGUGGCCUUAAAACAAGCCAAAGCCAUUUCUAACAUGACAAAGAAAAAUGGAUCUCAGCCAUCCAGGAAAUCAGAGGUAAAGGCAACCAAAACCUUGAGCACUAUUGUCUUUGUGUAUUUUAUUUGCUGGAUUCCCUGGUAUGUCAUUAUGCUGAAGAUGGAACAAUUUAACAAGUUGCCUGUGAGCAUUUCUGCUUUUUUAUGUCUAUUUUACACAAAUUCAUGCAUCAAUCCCUUUAUAUAUGCAAUAUCGUAUCCCUGGUUCAAAAGGUCAGUGAAACUUGUGGUUAGCCUAAGAAUACUGCAGACAGCAACUAACCAGUUGAACUUAUUUGCUGAAGACUGUUAAUAUGGAAUACUUAAUAAUACUAAAUGUUAACGGUUUUGAUUAUCUUCUUUGGCCUAUAAAUCUCUUGCCUAAAUUACAUGUUUAGCAUGAUGCAAAAAACAUUGACGUGAAACUGAAUCAAUAAACUAGAAUGUGUAGACCCUUCGUACACUUAAACAAAAAAAGGAAGUAUACUUUCAGUCUUUUUAUGUACUACAACACUAAAACUGCUAGUUAACUACACUAGUAAUUAACAGUUUUAUUGAUUCUCAGGCAGGUUUCAGCAUGGAAUACAGAAUACAACUCUGAAAAGAAUCAACAUUUUGUUUUUUUGUUUUUGCCCUAUUAUUGACCCACCCCAAACUAAUCCCCAACUACUACUUUAAGGUUCUGGCUUGGCUAAUAGUAAAUAUAAUUAAGGCCUCUAUCUUAUAUAAUGAAGAAAACAUUUAAAUAAAAUACAAUAAAAAUUAAAUGAAACAAAUGAAUGGGUAAGUUUAAUCAAUAACAUAUCAAAUUUAAACUGUUGACAUCAGAAUAUUUCUCAUACAUUUAUUACUGUUCCAUUUCCAAACAGUUUAAGUACGUGGACCAUUUUUUAAAGUAUAGGUUUAGCUUGUCCAUUUGCUUAUGAGACAUUUUUUCAAAUGCGGCCACUCUAGCAAGCUCUACUGCCCAUUCUUGGAAGGAAGGGGCCUCCUCUGAUUUCCAGCUCCUAAGAAUUAUUUGUCUGCCAAUCAGUAAACUGGUUUGGACCCAAAAUUUUAUGUUUUGCUAGUUAACUACACUAAGAAUGAUUGCAUUAUUUUGUCUGUGUGUGUUUGUGUGUGUCUGCGUAUUGUGCAGUUGUAAAAGUUAAUUUGUUGCCCAAAUUCUGAGCAUGGGACAAAGUUCACGAACUAAUUAUUUACCACAAGUAUUACGACUAGUUGUGCACGUAAAGUCAACUACUGCCACAGUCAUACUACACUUAAAUAUAUUUCAUAUACAAAAAGCUGACAAGUUCAUAUAUUCACAUAGUAGCUCAUUCAUUCAUUUUUACAGUGGAAUGAACCGCCAACUUACCCAGGAUACGUUUUACUCAACAUAUGCCCAUCCAGCUGCAACCCAGUACUGGGAAAUAUCCAUACACACUCAUUUACACAGAUACACUACAGUCAAUUUAAAUGGCAACAGGGGGAGAACAUGCAAACUCCACACAGAUAUGUCAACUGACCCAGCCGGGUCUCAAACCAGUGACCGUCUUGCAGCGAAUCGACAGUGAUAACCACUGAGCCAACGUGUCACCCAGUUUUAGGACAAUUUGAUUAAAGUUUUUGAUCCAUUUUAAAUGUUGACUACUGUAUACCUAAAAUGCACAUAUUCCAAGUAUACUUGGUUUGUAGUUGACUUUACUCCUUUAAUUGAGUGGCCUAUUAAAUAUUUCUCUCACAUAAUAUUGCAUUUUUCACAAGUUUCUGAGAUAAAGCUCAGGGCUAACUUUCAGUAACUCGCAGCGACAGAUCUUAAAGUACAUCCAUGUCAUUGGAGUUUCUGUAUUUGUUUAUUUUUAUUAAAAGCUGCUUAAAUGCCCUAAUUUAA